GCAGAAAGUGGAGAAGAAGAAGAAGAAGAAGAAGACGACGACGACGACAACGACGACGACGACGAAGAAAAAAAAGAAGAAGAAAAAUAAGAAAAGAAAGGCAACGGCGAAAAAGAAGAAAAAGUGGCGUCGACUCGUUGCACGUGUUUUCGCGGUUCGAUGGAAAAUCACCGAUAUCGUUUUGCGCAUGCCCGAGAGCCGAUGACGUCACGAAAAUUGUGGUUUUGAUCAAACUCGCUCUCGGUCCUUUUUUUUCCCCGUACGACACAAUAAUGUUGCUGCGCGAAGUCAAAUAAUUAGCGGUGUGAAGGGGGAAUCGUCCGGAAGCCGAGGACCCGCCGGUGACAAACUAGGAACGAGUGAGUGAGAUAUAGAUAUUGGCUAAAGGAGGACUCCACAGGAGGAUGCGACCCGGCUCGCGUGUUCUAUUAUUUUCACGUGAUUUCGAAGACCAUCCUCGGCAACGUAAUCGUCGUCUUACUUCGGCUAUUACUACUACUACUACCACUACUACUACUACUACUACUACUACUACUACUUCUACUACUACUACUACUACUACUACUACUAGUACUACUAGCAUCAAUACUACUGCUACUAUUACUACUACUACUACUACUACUGCUACUGCUAUUGCCGCUGUUAUUAUUGUUGUUACCAUUGUUGUUGCACGAAAUAGCGCGCAUUUUCGUGCUAUUAGUUUCUCUAUCGAGGGAGCUAAAAGUGCGAGUUGCCUUCUUCGAGUAUUCUUUGCUGCACGGGGAUGAUCGCAACGUGAUCGACGAGAUCUACAAAAUACGCGUUUUUAAUAUUCCAUCCAGUGGUUCUGAGAAACUCUUUCUUCUCGACGACAUCGUGCAACAAUGGGUCGGAAGAAGAUUCAGAUCUCGCGCAUCACGGACGAACGGAACCGUCAGGUGACCUUUAACAAGAGGAAAUUCGGGGUAAUGAAGAAGGCGUACGAAUUGUCGGUACUAUGCGAUUGCGAGAUUGCGCUGAUUAUCUUUAGUUCGAGCAACAAGCUGUACCAGUAUGCGAGCACCGACAUGGACAAGGUUCUCCUCAAGUACACCGAGUACAACGAACCCCACGAGUCCCUCACCAACAAGAAUAUCAUCGAGGCGCUCAACAAGAAGGAACAUAAGGGUGCCAUGUCUCCGGAGAGUCCGGAACCCGACGCGAUCGAGUACAAUCUUACCCCGCGUACCGAGGCGAAAUACACCAAGAUCGACGAAGAAUUUCAGAUGAUGAUGCAGAGGCACCAGCAUAAUGGCACCAGGGGGAUGGGACAAUCUAAUUACACAUUACCUGUAACUGUGCCGGUGAAUAGUUAUGGUGAAUCUCUUCUUGGAUCUAGUCCUCAGAUGGCACAUACGAGCAUUUCUCCCAGACCUUCAUCGUCUGAAACAGAUUCAGUUUAUCCACCAGGAGGAAUGUUAGAAAUGAGUAAUGGUUAUCCUCCAUCAGCUUCCCCGUUAGGCGGAUCACCUAGUCCAGGACCUUCACCAGCACUUGGAGUUGGUGGAGGUAGCGCGAAUAAAGGCAGUAAUCCAUCAAGGCAUUCGCCACAACCACCACCACCUCCACCACCACCACAUCCUCAUAGAGCUAACCUUCGAGUAGUUAUACCGACACCUCUCACACAACCACUUUCUGAAGACACCAAUUAUGACAGUGGUCACACACAAUCUGCAUUGAACACACCGGUAGUAGCAUUACAGACACCUUCGGUACCAGCUGGAUAUUCCAGUUUUGGUCCAACGGACUAUUCCUCAGAUCUAGGAAGUCUUGCAUGGUCUCAUCAGAGGUACGUUGAUGACUUAUCAAUGUAUUCAGCAGCCACCAUGUCCAGCAUCAGCGGUCUUCCUCAUUUAGCUGUCUCGAGCAGCACUCCACCGCCAUCGACGUCGCCAUUACCAGUGAAAAUAAAAAGUGAACCGAUAAGUCCACCCCGAGAUCCACAUGGAGGUAACAGUGGUUCGAGUGGAGGCCCAAGCAACGCCAGUAAUUUGCAUCAUACAAACUUGAACGUCGGUCCUUCGUCUAGUACCGGUGCACCACCUCCACAUCAUGUACCUCAUGCCGGCCCUCAGACAUUAAAUUUAGUAUCGAGCAGACCGAGCAGUAAUCCACCUCCAUCCCACUCGGGUAGUAUAACUCCAACAAAUUUACCAUCACCAGGUAGUGGGACGGUUGGUGAUAUAAGAACGACGAGUCAUGCUGCUAGUGCUGCUAAUGGAGGAAAUAGUUCAGAUUAUGAAAAUGGACCGCUUAUGAAACGGUCCAGGAUUACGGAAGGAUGGGCGACUUAAUGUCAAUCGAAUUGUUGCACCCAGUUGUUUCAUACCUCGACGUACAACGGCAUAUAGUGCUUGUGAGUUCCAGUAUAUAUUACAAAACUGAUUUUAAACGUCCUCGAGACAUAAUAUACUUCUUCACUUUAAGUGGUUAAUGUAUGGUACAUUGUUGGCCAUAGCUAAGAGAGUGAAUAGAAAAAGAAAAAGAAAAGAAAAAAAAAAGAAAAAAAAAAACAGGAGAAAGAUAAGAAAACGGAGAAGGGAAAGGAAAGGAAAGGAAAAAGGAAAAGAAAAAGAAAGAGAGAAAAAAGAAAAUUAAGAAAGAAUAUCUGUUUAUAUUUUCAAACUAUACACAGAAUACAUUUAUUUGAGGAGAGAGAGGGAGAGAGAGAGAGAGAGAGAGAGAGAGAGAGAGAGAGAGAGAGAGAGAGAGAGAGAGAGAA